UAUGAUACCUGUGCGGUGUCGGCAGCAGUGAAUCAUCUUGACCACCGUGACUCUCUGACGCUGUCACGGACCCCGGCCUGCCGACGUGGCGGGGCGGAAGAAGAGCCGCUGGCUGGCACCAAACGGGUCACCAUGUCUAAGGCUGUCACUUCUGAUGCAGAGCCCUGCACAGAGAGCGGGUCUCUGUCCGAAAAGGCUCUCCACACUGAUCCUGGCCCUCGUCAGGAUGAUUCAGCGCUCCUUGAGCAUCCGACGGCUUCACCGCAGCCUUCUCUCAACACAGAGAGCACAGACUUCCCUCACGCAGCCAAGCAGGCAGCCUUGGAGGACACCACGACCAAACCUGAAACAUCUGAGGGUCCGUCAGAACCACCUGCCGAAGAUCAGGUGGUUGAAUGUGACCAAGCAGUGAGCCUGGAGCCAGAUCCAGAGAGCUUGGAAGAGGAGGAGAAGAUGUCAGUCCAGCAGAAAGAACAGGGCUGGGGAGGCUGGAGUACUUGGGGAAAAUCUCUUCUGAGCAAUGCCACCUCCACCGUUGGACAAAGCCUCACCUCUGUUAAGGUAAAGGCAGGUGAGGCUCUUCGUCUCCACAGGACAUCGGUUGGAGAGGAGGCGCUAGAAGAGGAGGACGAGGGAGCAGGGGAGAAGAAAGAGGGAGGAGAAUGUCCCGAUGGAUCCAGCUUAAGCGCUGCUCCUGCUGCAGCGUCCACCAGAGGGGUUUUCUCCACAAUCACACAUGCUGUACAGAAUACUGGGAAGUCGGUCAUCAGUGGAGGACUGGAUGCCUUGGAGUUCAUCGGGAAGAAGACCAUGAAUGUUCUAGCUGAGAGUGACCCGGGUUUUAAAAAGACCAAGACUCUAAUGCAGAAGACCGCCUCUCUUAGUCAGAUGUUGAGGGAAGCCAAGGAAAAGGAGCGUGCACGUCUAAGCAACCAGCCGCUGAGUGCACCCACAGCUCGCUACGGCAUCCUCUUUGACAACUACCAGGGUUUGUCCCACCUCGAGGCCCUGGAGAUCCUGUCCAAUGAGAGCGAGGCCAAAGUCCAAGCAUUCCUGUCCUCCCUCACGGAGGAAGAGCAGCAGGAGGUGAAGAAGGAGUUGAUUUUCAUUAAAGAGAUAUUCAUCAAGCAAGAUGAAGAAGAAGAAGAGAGGGAGGAAACGGAAGGAGAGACAAAGGAUAAUGGUGAUCUAAGUUCCCAGAUACACUGUUCCACCCCCAUAUCUGCUGACGGUGAGGAGUUUGUUAGUGUUCUGACAGAGCUGCUGUUUGAACUUCAUGUUGCUGCGACACCGGACAAACUCAGCAAGGCUCGUAUGAGAGCCCAGGAAUGGGUGAACAAGGUGGAGCAGCUGGGAGGAGAAGCAUUUUCCGGAGAGAGCACAGAGGAUCAGAAGGAUGAUGGCCAGAACAAAAAAGAAGAGAAAAAGAAGGAUGAGGAGGAACAGCUUGAGGACAACAGGAGUGAGGAGGAAGACAAGGCGAAAGAGAGUGACCUCCAAUCAGUAGAGGGCAUCUACCGGUCAUCAGUGGGCAGUUUGGCAGAAGUGACGGCUCGCAGUAUCGAACAGCUCCACAAGGUGGCAGAGCUCAUCCUUCAUGGUCAGGAGCAGGAGAAGCCAGCAAGAGACCAGGCACAAAUCCUCACCAAGUUGACAUGUGCCAUGUGUAAGGAGGUAGAUUGUUUGACCAAGAGGUUCUCUGGUACACUUCUUUUAGUUGGGGCCCAAAGGAAAGCAGAGGAGUUGAAUCCACUUGUAGACAGCGUCCUGCAGGAGGGGACCAACAGUACCAACUACAUCCUUAAUGCAUUUCAGCUGCUGCUGCCAGUCCUGCAGAUCUCCCACAUCCAGAGCCAACACCGCCAACCUGCAGCAGAGCCAGAGGCGAAGCCGCAGCAUUGACAGCCUCAGUCCAUCAGCUUGUCCUAAUGUGCAGUUGUAAGCAAUGCAAACUAUUCAGUGCUUUUAUGUGCCAUGAAGCAGGAGAUAAAUGACUGAGAGAAUAAACACUCUUGAAGAAAACAGAUGAAAGAACUAUUAACAGGCAACAAUUGCACUGAUGCAGAUGUGUGUAUCCGCUUCUUAUUUAGGAAAACAUCCUGUCGUGUUUUGCAGGUAAUAUUUUGCUUUAUGGGACUAAACGUCUGUAAAGCUCAGUGGAGAACCAACCAGCAGCGUUACCAGAGAUGACGUUCUGCUGGAACACAGGCUUCUCCCUUUACUCAGAUCACAUGUUUCUCACCGUUCAAGUUUCCUUCAUGUAUGACAUGCUUUAACGUUAUAGUACAUGAACUUCUCUCCCAAAGACCUGAUGCUGCCCUACAGUUUGUGCUGACUCUAAUUAAACCAAAUACAGAAUGGGUUAAUUCAUCCUAAAACAAUAAAACAAAAGACACAAAGGAAAUUGAUGAACAUUAACGCAAUGCUCUAAUUGUGCAGUGAUCAAUUUUUUAUCUAUAACACUAUUGUAACUGGGUGCCUACUGCAUUGUUAGAAGAUAGGUUUAUACUGCAAUAAAAAAGUCAAGAUACAGCAAAAACAGAAAAUUAUGAAACAAAUGUUUCAUUAUUAAUCUAUUUUUAUGCUCCCUACUGACAAUAUUAUAUACAAUAGUAGCAAUACAGAAGUGGCUUAACAGUUUUCCUCUGGCUUAAAACUAAAAGUUAGUAUUAUUUAACAUUUGCACCAUUUGUUUAAGUUGCCUUUUUAUGUAAGUUAUAUGAAGCAACACUAUCUUGGAUUUUGUUAACAGUUUGAUUUAUGUGUUUUGUCCCCUUAUUGUAUCCAUUGAAUGUGGGGAAAAAGAGUUUUUUUUGUGCUACUGCUAAUAAAGAAAAUGUGUGUUAACAUCACUGAAAA